AUGAUGCGUUGGUCAGUUGGGUCGGUAUGCACGCUUGUGUUCCGGUACAAGGCUGAGCUGCCCGCUUUCCAUCACCGCGCCCCAUUCUCCCUCCUUCCAUCACCCCGCCCCAUUCUCUCUCCUUCCAUCACCGCGCCCCAUUCUCCCACUUUCCAUCUCCCCGCCCCAUUCUCCCGCUUUUUUAUCAGCCCGCCCCAUUCUCCCGCUUUCCAUCACCCCGCCCAUUCUCCCGCUUUCCAUCACCCCGCCCCAUUCUCCCGCUUUCCAUCACCCUGCCCAUUCUCCCGCUUUCCAUCACCCCGCCCCAUUCUCCCGCUUUCCAUCACCCCGCCCCAUUCUCCCACUUUCCAUCACCCCGCCCCAUUCUCCCGCUUUCCAUCACCCCGCCCCAUUCUCCCUCCUUCCAUCACCCCGCCCCAUUCUCCCUCUUUCCAUCACCCCGUCCUAUUCUCUCGCUUUAUAUCAUCCCGCCUCAUUCUCCCUCGUUCCAUCGACCCGCCCCAUUCUCCCUCCUUCCAUCACCCCGCCCCAUUCCCUCUCCUUCCAUCACCCCGCCCCAUUCUCCCGCUUUCCAUCACCCCGCCCCAUUCUCCCGCUUUCCAUCACCCCGCCCCAUUCUCCCACUUUCCAUCACCCCGCCCCAUUCUCCCGCUUUCCCUCACCCCGCCUCAUUCUCCCGCAUUCCAUCAUCCCGCCCCAUUCUCCCGCUUUCCAUCAAACCGCCCCAUUCUCCCUCCUUCCAUCCCCCCGCCCCAUUCUCCCGCUUUCCAUCACCCCGCCCCAUUCUCCCGCAUUCCAUCACUCCGCCCCAUUCUCCCGCUUUCCAUCAAACCACCCCAUUCUGCCUCCUUCCAUCACCCCGCCCCAUUCUCCCGCUUUCCAUCACCCAGCCCCAUUCUCCCGCUUUCCAUCACCCUGUCCCAUUCUCCCGCUUUCCAUCAUCCCGCCCCAUUCUCCCGCUUUCCAUCAUCCCACCCCAUUUUCCCGCUUUCCAUCACCCCGCCCCAUUCUCCCGCAUUGCAUCACCCCGCCCCAUUCUCCCGCUUUCCAUCACCCCGCCCCAUUCUCCCGCUUUCCAUCACCUUGCCCCAUUCUCCCUCCUUCCAUCACCCCGCCCCAUUCUCCCUCCUUCCAUCACCCCGCCCCAUUCUCCCGCUUUCUAUCACUCCGGCCCAUUCUCCCGCUUUCCAUCAACUCGCCCCAUUCUCCCGCUUUCCAUCACCCCGCCACAUUCUCCCGCUUUCCAUCACCCCGCCCCAUUCUCCCACUUUCCAUGACCCCGCCCCAUUCUCCCGCUUUCCAUCACCCCGCCCCAUUCUCCCGCUUGCCAUCACCCCGCCCCAUUCUCCCUCCUUCCAUCACCCCGCCCCAUUCUCCCUCCUUCGAUCACCCCGCCCCAUUCUCCCGCUUUCCAUGACCCCGCCCCAUUCUCCCGCUUUCCAUUACCCCGCCCCAUUCUCCCGCUUUCCAUCACCCGCCCCAUGCUCCUGCUUUCCAUCACCCCGCCCCAUUCUACCGCUUUCCAUCACCCUGCCCCAUUCUCCCGCUUUCCAUCACCCCGCCCCAUUCUCAAGCUUUCCAUCACCCCGCCCCAUUCUCCCGCUUUCCAUCACCCAGCCCUUUUCUCCCGCUUUCCAUCACCCCGCCCCAUUCUUCAACUUUCAAUCAACCCGCCCCAUUCUCCCGCUUUCCAUCACCCAGCCCCAUUCUCAAGCUUUCCAUCACCCCGCCCCAUUCUCCCGCUUUCCAUUACCCAGCCUUUUUCUCCCGCUUUCCAUCACCCCGCCCCAUUCUCCCGCUUUCCAUCACCCAGCCCUUUUCUCCCGCUUUCCAUCACCCCGCCCCAUUCUUCAACUUUCCAUCAACCCGCCCCAUUCUCCCGCUUUCCAUCACCCCGCCUCAUUCUCCCGCUUUCCAUCACCCCGCCCCAUUCUCCCGCUUUCCAUCUCCCCGCCCCAUUCUCCCGCUUUCCAUCAUCCCGCCCCAUUCUCUCGCUUUCCAUCACCCCGCCCCAUUCUCCCGCUUUCCAUCACCCCGCCCUAUUCUCCCGCUUUCCAUCACCCCGCCCCAUUCUUCCGCUUUCCAUCAACCUGCCCCAUUCUCCCGCUUUCCAUCACCCCUCCCCAUUCUCCCGCUUUCCAUCACCCCGCCCCAUUCUCCCGCUUUCCAUCACCCCGCCCCAUUCUCCCGCUUUCAAUCACCCCUCCCAAUUCUCCCGCUUUCUAUCACCCUGCCCAAUUCUCCCGCUUUCCAUCACCCCGCCCCAUUCUCUCGCUUUACAUCACCCCGCAACAUUCUCCCGCUUUCCAUCACCCCGCCCCAAUCUCCUGCUUUCCAUCACCCCGCCCUAUUCUCCCGCUUUCCAUCACCCCACCCCAUUCUCCCUCCUUCCAUCACCCCGCCCCAUUCUCCCUCCUUCCAUCACCCCGCCCCAUUCUCCCUCCUUCCAUCACCCCGCCCCAUUCUCCCGCUUUCCAUCACCCCGCCCCAUUCUCCUGCUUUCCAUCACCCCGCCCCAUUUCUCCCUCUUUCCAUCACCCCGCCCCUUUCUCCCGCUUUCCAUCACCCCGCCCCAUUCUCCCUCCUUCCAUCACCCCGCCCCAUUCUCCCUCUUUCCAUCACCCCGCCGCAUUCUCCCUCCUUCCAUCACCCUCCCCCAUUCUCCCUCCUUCCAUCACAGCGCCCCAUUCUCCCACUUUCGAUCUCCCCGCCCCAUUCUCCCGCUUUCCAUCACCCUGCCCCAUUCUCCCUCCUUCCAUCACCCCGCCCCAUUCUCCCUCCUUCCAUCACCCCGCCCCACUCUCCCGCUUUCCAUCACCCCGCCCCAUUCUCCCGCUUUCCAUCACCCCGAACCAUUCUCCCUCCUUCCAUCACCCCGCCCCAUACUCCCGCUUUCCAUCACCCCGCUCCAUUCUCCUGCUUUCCAUCACCCCGCCCCAUUCUCCCGCUUUCCAUCAUCCCGCCCCAUUCUCCCGUUUUCUAUCACCCCGCUCUAUUCUUUCGCUUUUCAUCACCCCUCCCCAUUGUCCCUCCUUCCAUCACCCCGCCCCAUUCUCCCGCUUUCCAUCACCUGCCCCAUUCUCCCACUUUCCAUCACCUCACCCCAUUCUCCCGCUUUCCAUCACCCCGCCCCAUUCUCCCGCUUUCUGUCACCCUGCCCCAUUCUCCCGCUUUCCAUCACCCUGUCCCAUUCUCCCGCUUUCCAUCACCCCGUCCCAUUCUCCCGCUUUCCAUCACCCCGCCCCAUUCUCCCGCUUUCCAUCACCCUGCCCCAUUCUCCCACUUUCCAUCACCCCGCCCCAUUCUCCCGCUUUCCCUCACCCCGCCUCAUUCUCCCGCAUUCCAUCAUCCCGCCCCAUUCUCCCGCUUUCCAUCAAACCGCCCCAUUCUCCCUCCUUCCAUAACCCAGCCCCAUUCUCCCGCUUUCCAUCACCCCGCCCCAUUCUCCCGCAUUCCAUCAGCCCGCCCCAUUCUCCCGCUUUCCAUCAAACCGCCCCAUUCUGCCUCCUUCCAUCACCCCGCCCCAUUCUCCCGCUUUCCAUCACCCAGCCCCAUUCUCCCGCUUUCCAUCACCCCGUCCCAUUCUCCCGCUUUCCAUCAUCCCGCCCCAUUCACCCGCUUUCCAUCACCCCGCCCCAUUCUCCCGCUUUCCAUCACCCCGCCCCAUUCUCCCUCCUUCGAUCACCCCGCCCCAUUCUCCCGCUUUCCAUCACCCCGCCCCAUUCUCCCGCUUUCCAUCACCCCGCCACAUUCUCCCGCUUUCCAUCACCUUGCCCCAUUCUCCCUCCUUCCAUCACCCCGCCCCAUUCUCCCGCUUUCCAUCACCUGCCCCAUUCUCCCACUUUCCAUCACCUCACCCCAUUCUCCCGCUUUCCAUCACCCCGCCCCAUUCUCCCGCUUUCUGUCACCCUGCCUCAUUCUCCCGCUUUCCAUCACCCUGUCCCAUUCUCCCGCUUUCCAUCACCCCGUCCCAUUCUCCCGCUUUCCAUCACCCCGCCCCAUUCUCCCGCUUUCCAUCACCCUGCCCCAUUCUCCCACUUUCCAUCACCCCGCCCCAUUCUCCCGCUUUCCCUCACCCCGCCUCAUUCUCCCGCAUUCCAUCAUCCCGCCCCAUUCUCCCACUUUCCAUCAAACCGCCCCAUUCUCCCUCCUUCCAUAACCCAGCCCCAUUCUCCCGCUUUCCAUCACCCCGCCCCAUUCUCCCGCAUUCCAUCAGCCCGCCCCAUUCUCCCGCUUUCCAUCAAACCGCCCCAUUCUGCCUCCUUCCAUCACCCCGCCCCAUUCUCCCGCUUUCCAUCACCCAGCCCCAUUCUCCCGCUUUCCAUCACCCCGUCCCAUUCUCCCGCUUUCCAUCAUCCCGCCCCAUUCACCCGCUUUCCAUCACCCCGCCCCAUUCUCCCGCUUUCCAUCACCCCGCCCCAUUCUCCCUCCUUCGAUCACCCCGCCCCAUUCUCCCGCUUUCCAUCACCCCGCCCCAUUCUCCCGCUUUCCAUCACCCCGCCACAUUCUCCCGCUUUCCAUCACCUUGCCCCAUUCUCCCUCCUUCCAUCACCCCGCCCCAUUCUCCCUCCUUCCAUCACCCCGCCCCAUUCUCCCGCUUUCUAUCACUCCGGCCCAUUCUCCCGCUUUCCAUCAACUCGCCCCAUUCUCCCGCUUUCCAUCACCCCGCCCCAUUCUCCCACUUUCCAUGACCCCGCCCCAUUCUCCCGCUCUCCAUCACCCCGCCCCAUUCUCCCGCUUUCCAUCACCCCGCCCCAUUGUCCCGCUUUCCAUCACCCCGCCCCAUUCUCCCGCUUGCCAUCACCCAGCCCCAUUCUCCCUCCUUCCAUCACCCCGCCCCAUUCUCCCUCCUUCGAUCACUCCGCCCCAUUCUCCCGCUUUCCAUUACCCCGCCCCAUUCUCACGCUUUCCAUCACCACGCCACAUUCUCCCGCUUUCCAUCACCCCGCCCCAUUCUCUCGCUUUCCAUCACUCCGCCCCAUUCUCCCGCUUUCCAUCACCCCGCCCCAUUCUCCCGCUUUCCAUCACCCCGCCCCAUUCUCCCGCUUUCCAUCAACCUGUCCCAUUCUCUCGCUUUCCAUCACUCUGCCCCAUUCUCCCGCUUUCCAUCACCCCGCCCCAUUCUCCCGCUUUCGAUCACCCGCCCCAUUCUCCCGCUUUCCAUCACCCCGCCCCAUUCUCCCGCUUUCCAUCACCCCGCCCCAUUCUCCUGCUUUCCAUCUCCCCGCCCCAUUCUCCCGCUUUCCAUCACCCCGCCCCAUUCUCAAGCUUUCCAUCACUCUGCCCCAUUCUCCCGCUUUCCAUCACCCUGCCCCAUUCUCCCUCCUUCCAUCACCCCGCCCCAUACUCCCGCUUUCCAUCACCCCGCCCCAUUCUCCCGCUUUCCAUCACCCCGCCCCGUUCUCCCGCUUUCCAUCACCCCGCCCCAUUCUCCCGCUUUCCAUCACCCCGCCCUAUUCUCUCACUUUCCAUCACCCUGCUCCAUUCUCCUGCUUUCCAUCACCCCGCCCCAUUCACCCGCUUUCCAUCAUCCCGCCCCAUUCUCCCGUUUUCUAUCACCCCGCUCUAUUCUUUCGCUUUUCAUCACCCCGCCCCAUUGUCCCUCCUUACAUCACCUCGCCCCAUUCUCCCGCUUUCCAUCACCCCGCCCCAUUCUCCCGCUUUCUGUCACCCUGCCCCAUUCUCCCGCUUUCCAUCACCCCGUCCCAUUCUCCCGCUUUCCAUCACCCCGCCCCAUUCUCUCGCUUUCCAUCACCCCGCCCCAUUCUCCCGCUUUCCAUCACCCCGCCCCAUUCUCCCGCUCUCCAUCACCCCGCCCCAUUCUCCCGCUUUCCAUCACUCCGCCCCAUUCUCCCUCCUUCCAUCACCCCGCCCCUUUCUCCCUCCUUCCAUCACCCUGCUCCGUUCUCCAGCUUUCCAUCACCCCGCCCCAUUCUCCCGCUUUCCAUCACCCCGCCCCAUUCUCCCGCUUUCCAUCAUCCCGCCCCAUUCUCCCGCUUUUUAUCACCCCGCCCCAUUCUCCCGCUUUCCAUCAUCCCGCCCCAUUCUCCCGCUUUCCAUCACUCCGCCCCAUUCUCCCGCUUUCCAUCACCCCGCCCCGUUCUCCCGCUUUCCAUCACCCCGCCCCAUUCUCCCGCUUUCCAUCACCCCGCCCUAUUCUCUCACUUUCCAUCACCCUGCUCCAUUCUCCCGCUUUCCAUCACCCCGCCCCAUUCUCCCGCUUUCCAUCAUCCCGCCCCAUUCUCCCGUUUUCUAUCACCCCGCUCUAUUCUUUCGCUUUCCAUCACCCCGCCCCAUUCUCCCGCUUUCCAUCACCUCACCCCAUUCUCCCGCUUUCCAUCACCCCACCCCAUUCUCCCGCUUUCUGUCACCCUGCCCCAUUCUCCCGCUUUCCAUCACCCCGUCCCAUUCUCCCGCUUUCCAUCACCCCGCCCCAUUCUCUCGCUUUCCAUCACCCCGCCCCAUUCUCCCGCUUUCCAUCACCCCGCCCCAUUCUCCCGCUUUCCAUCACCCCGCCCCAUUCUCCCGCUUUCCAUCACUCCGCCCCAUUCUCCCUCCUUCCAUCACCCCGCCCCUUUCUCCCUCCUUCCAUCACCCUGCCCCGUUCUCCAGCUUUCCAUCACCCCGCCCCAUUCUCCCGCUUUCCAUCACCCCGCCCCAUUCUCCCGCUUUCCAUCAUCCCGCCCCAUUCUCCCGCUUUUUAUCACCCCGCCCCAUUCUCCCGCUUUCCAUCAUCCCGCCCCAUUCUCCCGCUUUCCAUCAUCCCGCCCCAUUCUCCCGCUUUCCAUCACCCCACCCCAUUCUCCCGCUUUCCAUCAUCCCGUCCCAUUCUCCAGCUUUCCAUCACCCGCCCCAUUCUCCCGCUUUCCAUCACCCCGCCCUAUUCUCCCGCUUUCCAUCACCCCGCCCCGUUCUCCCGCUUUCCAUCACCCUGCUCCAUUCUCCUGCUUUCCAUCACCCCCCCCCAUUCUCCCGCUUUCCAUCAUCCCGCCCCAUUCUCCCGUUUUCUAUCACCCCGCUCUAUUCUUUCGCUUUUCAUCACCCCGCCCCAUUCCCCAUUCUCCCGCUUUCCAUCACCCCGUCCCAUUCUCCCGCUUUCCAUCAUCCCGCCCCAUUCACCCGCUUUCCAUCACCCCGCCCCAUUCUCCCGCUUUCCAUCACCCCGCCCCAUUCUCCCUCCUUCGAUCACCCCGCCCCAUUCUCCCGCUUUCCAUCACCCCGCCCCAUUCUCCCGCUUUCCAUCACCCCGCCACAUUCUCCCGCUUUCCAUCACCUUGCCCCAUUCUCCCUCCUUCCAUCACCCCGCCCCAUUCUCCCGCUUUCCAUCACCUGCCCCAUUCUCCCACUUUCCAUCACCUCACCCCAUUCUCCCGCUUUCCAUCACCCCGCCCCAUUCUCCCGCUUUCUGUCACCCUGCCUCAUUCUCCCGCUUUCCAUCACCCUGUCCCAUUCUCCCGCUUUCCAUCACCCCGUCCCAUUCUCCCGCUUUCCAUCACCCCGCCCCAUUCUCCCGCUUUCCAUCACCCUGCCCCAUUCUCCCACUUUCCAUCACCCCGCCCCAUUCUCCCGCUUUCCCUCACCCCGCCUCAUUCUCCCGCAUUCCAUCAUCCCGCCCCAUUCUCCCACUUUCCAUCAAACCGCCCCAUUCUCCCUCCUUCCAUAACCCAGCCCCAUUCUCCCGCUUUCCAUCACCCCGCCCCAUUCUCCCGCAUUCCAUCAGCCCGCCCCAUUCUCCCGCUUUCCAUCAAACCGCCCCAUUCUGCCUCCUUCCAUCACCCCGCCCCAUUCUCCCGCUUUCCAUCACCCAGCCCCAUUCUCCCGCUUUCCAUCACCCCGUCCCAUUCUCCCGCUUUCCAUCAUCCCGCCCCAUUCACCCGCUUUCCAUCACCCCGCCCCAUUCUCCCGCUUUCCAUCACCCCGCCCCAUUCUCCCUCCUUCGAUCACCCCGCCCCAUUCUCCCGCUUUCCAUCACCCCGCCCCAUUCUCCCGCUUUCCAUCACCCCGCCACAUUCUCCCGCUUUCCAUCACCUUGCCCCAUUCUCCCUCCUUCCAUCACCCCGCCCCAUUCUCCCUCCUUCCAUCACCCCGCCCCAUUCUCCCGCUUUCUAUCAUUCCGGCCCAUUCUCCCGCUUUCCAUCAACUCGCCCCAUUCUCCCGCUUUCCAUCACCCCGCCCCAUUCUCCCACUUUCCAUGACCCCGCCCCAUUCUCCCGCUCUCCAUCACCCCGCCCCAUUCUCCCGCUUUCCAUCACCCCGCCCCAUUGUCCCGCUUUCCAUCACCCCGCCCCAUUCUCCCGCUUGCCAUCACCCAGCCCCAUUCUCCCUCCUUCCAUCACCCCGCCCCAUUCUCCCUCCUUCGAUCACUCCGCCCCAUUCUCCCGCUUUCCAUUACCCCGCCCCAUUCUCACGCUUUCCAUCACCACGCCACAUUCUCCCGCUUUCCAUCACCCCGCCCCAUUCUCUCGCUUUCCAUCACUCCGCCCCAUUCUCCCGCUUUCCAUCACCCCGCCCCAUUCUCCCGCUUUCCAUCACCCCGCCCCAUUCUCCCGCUUUCCAUCAACCUGUCCCAUUCUCUCGCUUUCCAUCACUCUGCCCCAUUCUCCCGCUUUCCAUCACCCCGCCCCAUUCUCCCGCUUUCGAUCACCCGCCCCAUUCUCCCGCUUUCCAUCACCCCGCCCCAUUCUCCCGCUUUCCAUCACCCCGCCCCAUUCUCCUGCUUUCCAUCUCCCCGCCCCAUUCUCCCGCUUUCCAUCACCCCGCCCCAUUCUCAAGCUUUCCAUCACUCUGCCCCAUUCUCCCGCUUUCCAUCACCCUGCCCCAUUCUCCCUCCUUCCAUCACCCCGCCCCAUACUCCCGCUUUCCAUCACCCCGCCCCAUUCUCCCGCUUUCCAUCACCCCGCCCCGUUCUCCCGCUUUCCAUCACCCCGCCCCAUUCUCCCGCUUUCCAUCACCCCGCCCUAUUCUCUCACUUUCCAUCACCCUGCUCCAUUCUCCUGCUUUCCAUCACCCCGCCCCAUUCACCCGCUUUCCAUCAUCCCGCCCCAUUCUCCCGUUUUCUAUCACCCCGCUCUAUUCUUUCGCUUUUCAUCACCCCGCCCCAUUGUCCCUCCUUACAUCACCUCGCCCCAUUCUCCCGCUUUCCAUCACCCCGCCCCAUUCUCCCGCUUUCUGUCACCCUGCCCCAUUCUCCCGCUUUCCAUCACCCCGUCCCAUUCUCCCGCUUUCCAUCACCCCGCCCCAUUCUCUCGCUUUCCAUCACCCCGCCCCAUUCUCCCGCUUUCCAUCACCCCGCCCCAUUCUCCCGCUCUCCAUCACCCCGCCCCAUUCUCCCGCUUUCCAUCACUCCGCCCCAUUCUCCCUCCUUCCAUCACCCCGCCCCUUUCUCCCUCCUUCCAUCACCCUGCUCCGUUCUCCAGCUUUCCAUCACCCCGCCCCAUUCUCCCGCUUUCCAUCACCCCGCCCCAUUCUCCCGCUUUCCAUCAUCCCGCCCCAUUCUCCCGCUUUUUAUCACCCCGCCCCAUUCUCCCGCUUUCCAUCAUCCCGCCCCAUUCUCCCGCUUUCCAUCACUCCGCCCCAUUCUCCCGCUUUCCAUCACCCCGCCCCGUUCUCCCGCUUUCCAUCACCCCGCCCCAUUCUCCCGCUUUCCAUCACCCCGCCCUAUUCUCUCACUUUCCAUCACCCUGCUCCAUUCUCCCGCUUUCCAUCACCCCGCCCCAUUCUCCCGCUUUCCAUCAUCCCGCCCCAUUCUCCCGUUUUCUAUCACCCCGCUCUAUUCUUUCGCUUUCCAUCACCCCGCCCCAUUCUCCCGCUUUCCAUCACCUCACCCCAUUCUCCCGCUUUCCAUCACCCCACCCCAUUCUCCCGCUUUCUGUCACCCUGCCCCAUUCUCCCGCUUUCCAUCACCCCGUCCCAUUCUCCCGCUUUCCAUCACCCCGCCCCAUUCUCUCGCUUUCCAUCACCCCGCCCCAUUCUCCCGCUUUCCAUCACCCCGCCCCAUUCUCCCGCUUUCCAUCACCCCGCCCCAUUCUCCCGCUUUCCAUCACUCCGCCCCAUUCUCCCUCCUUCCAUCACCCCGCCCCUUUCUCCCUCCUUCCAUCACCCUGCCCCGUUCUCCAGCUUUCCAUCACCCCGCCCCAUUCUCCCGCUUUCCAUCACCCCGCCCCAUUCUCCCGCUUUCCAUCAUCCCGCCCCAUUCUCCCGCUUUUUAUCACCCCGCCCCAUUCUCCCGCUUUCCAUCAUCCCGCCCCAUUCUCCCGCUUUCCAUCAUCCCGCCCCAUUCUCCCGCUUUCCAUCACCCCACCCCAUUCUCCCGCUUUCCAUCAUCCCGUCCCAUUCUCCAGCUUUCCAUCACCCGCCCCAUUCUCCCGCUUUCCAUCACCCCGCCCUAUUCUCCCGCUUUCCAUCACCCCGCCCCGUUCUCCCGCUUUCCAUCACCCUGCUCCAUUCUCCUGCUUUCCAUCACCCCCCCCCAUUCUCCCGCUUUCCAUCAUCCCGCCCCAUUCUCCCGUUUUCUAUCACCCCGCUCUAUUCUUUCGCUUUUCAUCACCCCGCCCCAUUGUCCCUCCUUCCAUCACCGCGCCCCAUUUUCCCGCUUUCCAUCACCUCACCCCAUUCUCCCGCUUUCCAUCACCCCGCCCCAUUCUCCCGCUUUCUGUCACCCUGCCCCAUUCUCCCGCUUUCCAUCACCCCGUCCCAUUCUCCCGCUUUCCAUCACCCCGCCCCAUUCUCUCGCUUUCCAUCACCCCGCCCCAUUCUCCCGCUUUCCAUCACCCCGCCCCAUUCUCCCGCUUUCCAUCACCCCGCCCCAUUCUCCCGCUUUCCAUCACUCCGCCCCAUUCUCCCUCCUUCCAUCACCCCGCCCCUUUCUCCCUCCUUCCAUCACCCUGCCCCGUUCUCCAGCUUUCCAUCACCCCGCCCCAUUCUCCCGCUUUCCAUCACCCCGCCCCAUUCUCCCGCUUUCCAUCAUCCCGCCCCAUUCUCCCGCUUUUUAUCACCCCGCCCCAUUCUCCCGCUUUCCAUCAUCCCGCCCCAUUCUCCCGCUUUCCAUCAUCCCGCCCCAUUCUCCCGCUUUCCAUCACCCCACCCCAUUCUCCCGCUUUCCAUCAUCCCUCUAGCUCCCGUUGCAGCAGUUAUCUCCGCACCCGCCCCAUUCUCCCUCCUUCCAUCACCCCGCCCCAUUCUCCCUCCUUCCAUCACCCCGCCCCAUUCUCCCGCUUUCCAUCACUCCGCCCCAUUCUCCCACUUUCCAUCACCCCACCCCAUUCUCCCGCUUUCCAUCACCCCGCCCCAUUCUCCCUCCUUCCAUCAACCCGCCCCAUUCUCCCUCCUUCCAUCACCCCGCCCCAUUCUCCCUCCUUCCAUCACCCCGCCCUAUUCUCCCGCUUUCCAUCACCCCGCCCCAUUCUCCCGUUUUCCAUCACCCCGCCCCAUUCUCCCGCUUUCCAUCACCCCGCCCCAUUUCUCCCUCUUUCCAUCACCCCGCCCCAUUUCUCCCGCUUUCCAUCACCCCGCCCCAUUCUCCCGCUUUCCAUCAACCCGCCCCAUUCUCCCUCCUUCCAUCACCCCGCCCCAUUCUCCCUCCUUCCAUCACCCCGCCCCAUUCUCCCUCCUUCCAUCUCCCAGCCCCAUUCUCCCGCUUUCCAUCACCCCGCCCCAUUCUCCCUCCUACCCCGCCCCAUUCUCCCUCCUUACAUCACCCCGCCCCAUUCUCCCACUUUCCAUCACUCCGCCCCAUUCUCCCGCUUUUCAUCAACCCACCCCAUUCUCCCGCUUUCCAUCACCCCACCCCAUUUCUCCCUCUUUCCAUCACCCCGCCCCUUUCUCCCGCUUUCCAUCAACCCACCCCAUUUCUCCCUCUUUCCAUCACCCCACCCCAUUUCUCCCUCUUUCCAUCACCCCAUCCCAUUCUCCCGCUUUCCAUCAACCCGCCCCCUUCUCCCUCCUUCCAUCAUCCCGCCCCAUUCUCCCGCUUUCCAUCACCCCGCCCCAUUCUCCCUCCUUCCAUCCCCCCGCCCCAUUCUCCCUCCUUCCAUCACCCCGCCCCAUUCUCUCGCUUUCCAUCACCCCGCCCCAUUCUCCCGCUUUCCAUCACCCCGCCCCAUUCUCCCUCCUUCCAUCACCCUGCCCCAUUCUCCCGCUUUCCAUCACCCCGCCCCAUUCUCCCGCUUUCCAUCACCCCGCCCCAUUCUCCCGCUUUCCGUCACCCCGCCCCAUUCUCCCUCCUUCCAUCACCCUGCCCCAUUCUCCCUCCUUCCAUCACCCUGCCCCAUUCUCCCGCUUUCCAUCACCCCCCCCCUUUCUCCCGCUUUCCAUCACCCCGCCCCAUUCUCCCGCUUUCCAUCACCCCGCCCCAUUCUCCCGCUUUCCAUCACCCCGCCCUAUUCUCCCGCUUUCCAUCACCCCGCCCCAUUCUCCCUCCUUCCAUCACCCUGCCCCAUUCUCCCGCUUUCCAUCACCCCGCCCCAUUCUCCCGCUUUCCAUCACCCCGCCCCAUUCUCCCGCUUUCCGUCACCCCGCCCCAUUCUCCCGCUUUCCGUCACCCCGCCCCAUUCUCCCUCCUUCCAUCACCCUGCCCCAUUCUCCCUCCUUCCAUCACCCUGCCCCAUUCUCCCGCUUUCCAUCACCCCGCCCCUUUCUCCCGCUUUCCAUCACCCCGCCCUAUUCUCCCGCUUUCCAUCACCCCGCCCCAUUCUCCCUCCUUCCAUCACCCCGCCCCAUUCUCCCUCCUUCCAUCACCGCGCCCCUUUCUCCCACUUUCCAUGUCCCCGCCCCAUUCUCCCGCUUUCCAUCAGCCCGCCCCGUUCUCCCUCCUUCCAUCACCCCGCCCCAUUCUCCCUCCUUCCAUCAACCCGCCCCAUUCUCCCGCUUUCCAUCACCCCGCCCCAUUCUCCCGCUUUCCAUCAUCCCGCCCCUUUCUCCCGUUUUCUAUCACCCCGCUCUAUUCUUUCGCUUUUCAUCACCCAGCCCCAUUCUCCCUCCUUCAUUCGCCCCGCCCCAUUCUCCCUCCUUCCAUCACCCCGCCCCAUUCUCCCGCUUUCCAUCACCCCGUCCCAUUCUCCCGCUUUCCAUCACCCCGUCUUAUUCUCCCGCUUUCCAUCACCCCAUCCCAUUCUCUCGCUUUACAUCACCCCGCCCCAUUCUCCCGCUUUCCAUCACCCCGCCCCUUCUCCCGCUUUCCAUCACCCCGCCCCAUUCUCCCACUUUCCAUCAUCCCGCCCCAUUCUCCCGCUUUCCAUCACCCCGCCCCAUUCUCCCAUUCUCCCGCUUUCCAUCAUCCCGCCCCAUUCUCCCGCUUUCCAUCACCCCGCCCCAUUCUCCCUCCUACCCCGCCCCAUUCUCCCUCCUUACAUCACCCCGCCCCAUUCUCCCACUUUCCAUCACUCCGCCCCAUUCUCCCGCUUUUCAUCAACCCACCCCAUUCUCCCGCUUUCCAUCACCCCACCCCAUUUCUCCCUCUUUCCAUCACCCCGCCCCUUUCUCCCGCUUUCCAUCAACCCACCCCAUUUCUCCCUCUUUCCAUCACCCCACCCCAUUUCUCCCUCUUUCCAUCACCCCAUCCCAUUCUCCCGCUUUCCAUCAACCCGCCCCAUUCUCCCUCCUUCCAUCAUCCCGCCCCAUUCUCCCGCUUUCCAUCACCCCGCCCCAUUCUCCCUCCUUCCAUCCCCCCGCCCCAUUCUCCCUCCUUCCAUCACCCCGCCCCAUUCUCUCGCUUUCCAUCACCCCGCCCCAUUCUCCCGCUUUCCAUCACCCCGCCCCAUUCUCCCUCCUUCCAUCACCCUGCCCCAUUCUCCCGCUUUCCAUCACCCCGCCCCAUUCUCCCGCUUUCCAUCACCCCGCCCCAUUCUCCCGCUUUCCGUCACCCCGCCCCAUUCUCCCUCCUUCCAUCACCCUGCCCCAUUCUCCCUCCUUCCAUCACCCUGCCCCAUUCUCCCGCUUUCCAUCACCCCCCCCCUUUCUCCCGCUUUCCAUCACCCCGCCCCAUUCUCCCGCUUUCCAUCACCCCGCCCCAUUCUCCCGCUUUCCAUCACCCCGCCCUAUUCUCCCGCUUUCCAUCACCCCGCCCCAUUCUCCCUCCUUCCAUCACCCUGCCCCAUUCUCCCGCUUUCCAUCACCCCGCCCCAUUCUCCCGCUUUCCAUCACCCCGCCCCAUUCGCCCGCUUUCCGUCACCCCGCCCCAUUCUCCAGCUUUCCGUCACCCCGCCCCAUUCUCCCUCCUUCCAUCACCCUGCCCCAUUCUCCCUCCUUCCAUCACCCUGCCCCAUUCUCCCGCUUUCCAUCACCCCGCCCCUUUCUCCCGCUUUCCAUCACCCCGCCCUAUUCUCCCGCUUUCCAUCACCCCGCCCCAUUCUCCCUCCUUCCAUCACCCCGCCCCAUUCUCCCUCCUUCCAUCACCGCGCCCCUUUCUCCCACUUUCCAUGUCCCCGCCCCAUUCUCCCGCUUUCCAUCAGCCCGCCCCGUUCUCCCUCCUUCCAUCACCCCGCCCCAUUCUCCCUCCUUCCAUCAACCUGCCCCAUUCUCCCGCUUUCCAUCACCCCGCCCCAUUCUCCCGCUUUCCAUCAUCCCGCCCCUUUCUCCCGUUUUCUAUCACCCCGCUCUAUUCUUUCGCUUUUCAUCACCCAGCCCAUUCUCCCUCCUUCCAUCGCCCCGCCCCAUUCUCCCUCCUUCCAUCACCCCGCCCCAUUCUCCCGCUUUCCAUCACCCCGUCCCAUUCUCCCGCUUUCCAUCACCCCGUCUUAUUCUCCCGCUUUCCAUCACCCCAUCCCAUUCUCUCGCUUUACAUCACCCCGCCCCAUUCUCCCGCUUUCCAUCACCCCGCCCCUUCUCCCGCUUUCCAUCACCCCGCCCCAUUCUCCCACUUUCCAUCAUCCCGCCCCAUUCUCCCGCUUUCCAUCACCCCGCCCCAUUCUCCCAUUCUCCCGCUUUCCAUCAUCCCGCCCCAUUCUCCCGCUUUCCAUCACCCCGCCCCAUUCUCCCUCCUUCCAUCAUCCCGCCCCAUUCUCCCGCUUUCCAUCACCCCGCCCCAUUCUCCCUCCUUCCAUUCCCCCGCCCCAUUCUCCCGCUUUCCAUCACCCCGCCCCAUUCUCCCGCUUUCCAUCAUCCCGCCCCUUUCUCCCGUUUUCUAUCACCCCGCUCUAUUCUUUCGCUUUUCAUCACCCAGCCCCAUUCUCCCUCCUUCCAUCGCCCCGCCCCAUUCUCCCUCCUUCCAUCACCCCGCCCCAUUCUCCCGCUUUCCAUCACCCCGUCCCAUUCUCCCGCUUUCCAUCACCCCGUCUUAUUCUCCCGCUUUCCAUCACCCCAUCCCAUUCUCUCGCUUUACAUCACCCCGCCCCAUUCUCCCGCUUUCCAUCACCCCGCCCCUUCUCCCGCUUUCCAUCACCCCGCCCCAUUCUCCCACUUUCCAUCAUCCCGCCCCAUUCUCCCGCUUUCCAUCACCCCGCCCCAUUCUCCCAUUCUCCCGCUUUCCAUCAUCCCGCCCCAUUCUCCCGCUUUCCAUCACCCCGCCCCAUUCUCCCGCUUUCCAUCAUCCCGCCCCAUUCUCCCGCUUUCCAUCACCCCGCCCCAUUCUCCCUCCUUCCAUCCCCCCGCCCCAUUCUCCCUCCUUCCAUCACCCCGCCCCAUUCUCUCGCUUUCCAUCACCCCGCCCCAUUCUCCCGCUUUCCAUCACCCCGCCCCAUUCUCCCUCCUUCCAUCACCCUGCCCCAUUCUCCCGCUUUCCAUCACCCCGCCCCAUUCUCCCGCUUUCCAUCACCCCGCCCCAUUCUCCCGCUUUCCGUCACCCCGCCCCAUUCUCCCUCCUUCCAUCACCCUGCCCCAUUCUCCCUCCUUCCAUCACCCCGCCCCAUUCUCCCGCUUUCCAUCACCCCCCCCCUUUCUCCCGCUUUCCAUCACCCCGCCCCAUUCUCCCGCUUUCCAUCACCCCGCCCCAUUCUCCCGCUUUCCAUCACCCCGCCCUAUUCUCCCGCUUUCCAUCACCCCGCCCCAUUCUCCCUCCUUCCAUCACCCUGCCCCAUUCUCCCGCUUUCCAUCACCCCGCCCCAUUCUCCCGCUUUCCAUCACCCCGCCCCAUUCUCCCGCUUUCCGUCACCCCGCCCCAUUCUCCCGCUUUCCGUCACCCCGCCCCAUUCUCCCUCCUUCCAUCACCCUGCCCCAUUCUCCCUCCUUCCAUCACCCUGCCCCAUUCUCCCGCUUUCCAUCACCCCGCCCCUUUCUCCCGCUUUCCUUCACCCCGCCCUAUUCUCCCGCUUUCCAUCACCCCGCCCCAUUCUCCCUCCUUCCAUCACCCCGCCCCAUUCUCCCUCCUUCCAUCACCGCGCCCCAUUCUCCCACUUUCCAUGUCCCCGCCCCAUUCUCCCGCUUUCCAUCAGCCCGCCCCGUUCUCCCUCCUUCCAUCACCCCGCCCCAUUCUCCCUCCUUCCAUCAACCCGCCCCAUUCUCCCGCUUUCCAUCACCCCGCCCCAUUCUCCCGCUUUCCAUCAUCCCGCCCCUUUCUCCCGUUUUCUAUCACCCCGCUCUAUUCUUUCGCUUUUCAUCACCCAGCCCCAUUCUCCCUCCUUCCAUCGCCCCGCCCCAUUCUCCCUCCUUCCAUCACCCCGCCCCAUUCUCCCGCUUUCCAUCACCCCGUCCCAUUCUCCCGCUUUCCAUCACCCCGUCUUAUUCUCCCGCUUUCCAUCACCCCAUCCCAUUCUCUCGCUUUACAUCACCCCGCCCCAUUCUCCCGCUUUCCAUCACCCCGCCCCUUCUCCCGCUUUCCAUCACCCCGCCCCAUUCUCCCACUUUCCAUCAUCCCGCCCCAUUCUCCCGCUUUCCAUCACCCCGCCCCAUUCUCCCAUUCUCCCGCUUUCCAUCAUCCCGCCCCAUUCUCCCGCUUUCCAUCACCCCGCCCCAUUCUCCCACUUUCCAUCAUCCCGCCCCAUUCUCCCGCUUUCCAUCACCCCGCCCCAUUCUCCCUCCUUCCAUCACCCCGCCCCAUUCUCCCUCCUUCCAUCACCCCGCCCCAUUCUCCCUCCUUCCAUCACCCCGCCCCAUUCUCCCAUUCUCCCGCUUUCCAUCACCUCGCCCCAUUCUCCCGCUUUCCGUCACCCCUCCCCAUUCUCCCGCUUUCCGUCACCCCGCCCUAUUCUCUUACUUUCCAUCACCCCGCCCCAUUCUCCCUCCUUCCAUCACCACGCCGAUUCUCCCGCUUUCCAUCACCCCGCCCCAUUCUCCCGCUUUCCAUCACCCCGCCCUAUUCUCUCGCUUUCCGUCAUCCCGCCCCAUUCUCCCGUUUUCCAUCACCCCGCCCCAUUCUCCCGCUUUCUAUCACCCCGCCCUAUUCUCCCGCUUUCCAUCACCCCGCUGUUGCGAGUUUUACCGAGCAGAGAAGUUAUAACAAACCCUGGAGGUAUGGAGGAAGUGGUGUAG